AUGUUUGGUAAGACCUUUGUUUCUUCACUCGCUCUCCUGGCUAUCACCAGCGCGAACCCGUUGGAGGUCAGGAUUACAAAGGAGAAGGCUCCCAAGCCGGAAAAGAAGUGUGCAGAGUUUGAUUAUGAGAAGUUGAGCCUGCGAGAGAUCGGUCAGAGGAACACCCUUGAUUGGCGCAUGUACCUUUUGCACCGAGAUGAACCCAUUUCCUUCUGGCACGAUGUUCCUCUAUAUCCAGAUCCAAGCAACAAGAACAUCAUCAAUUUCGUAGUCGAGAUCCCUAGAUGGACAGAUGGGAAAAUCGAAACUCGUCGCCCGGAAGCUUUGAACCCGAUAUUCCAUGAUGAAAAGGACGGCGCACCGCGAUAUGUUGAGAGCGUAUGGCCGCACAAAAGCUAUCCAUUCCUGUACGGCAGCAUCCCGCAAACCUGGGAGAAUCCCAACUUGAACCACACCUUCACCGGGUUUCCCGGAGAUAAGGAUCCUAUGGACCUCUUCGACAUUAGCAGAGACGAUGGUUACACUGGUCAGAUCAAGCAGGUCAAGCUCCUUGGCGGUCUUGCUGUGAACGAUGGUGAUGAGACCGAUUGGAAGAUGCUGGGUAUCGACGUGAAGGAUCCGUUAGCCGCGCUCGUCAACACCUAUGAGGAUGUCGAGAAGUAUCGUCCUGGUACAGUUCAGGCGUUUCGCGAUUGGUUCACCUACUACAAGGUCGCACGUGGGGAUGAUAUUAUUCCUAUCAUUGGAGAGACGUAUCAGAACGUUUCAUUUGUGGUAGACACAGUUGAGGAGAGCCACAAGUAUUGGCAAGACCUAGUCAGUGGUAAGGAGGAUCCAGGGAAAAUCUCAAUAGUGCAAACAUCUCAGAUCAAUCUGUCAAGCUGGAUCCCCUGCAAGGACGCCAGGAAGAAGCUAAAUAUCCCGAAGAAGGGUUCGAAGCCACAGGAACCCGCUGAAAAGCCGGAGAAGUACCACUGGUGGUACUACCUCAGUUCCGAGAAGAAACUCAUUGAGGUUCCCGGGUCAUCAUAG